AUGCCAUACAUUCUAGUACGUGGUAACCUAGCGUCGUACAGUCAUAAGUAUCCCUGGAGGGUUUUAGUAUCAGGGCUUAAAGCGGCCGAUAUAGAGCAGUUGAGUCGUUUCUCCUCUAUAGGAUAUUGCGACGACUCGACGAUAGUAUAUUUGCAGCAUCCCUGCAUAAUAUUGACCGCUUUAGAGGUACUCGGUUAUAAAGUCGUCGCAUCAUCCAGCACUAGCAUUAAGCAGGAUUAUAAUGAGUACAUGUGGACUAUGAGAAAAGAAUUCUCAGAACCCGAACCUGAUAUCCGAACUGUUAUAAAAGAAGCCUCAGAACCUGUUGUAAAAGCAGCUGAAGUAAAGCACAACCAGGUAUAACGAUACUUUUAGCGCGGCAAUGGCAACGACAACCAAAAAGGAGUUUAUUGAGGAGGAUGACGACACUUUCUAUUACGUCGGUGUAAAAGCGUCCCCGUUUGCGACCGAUUGCGCGGUCUUCGGUUUACCACCGAAGGAGGCAUCGGCUUUACGCAGUCGCUUUCCGCUGACCCCCAAUAAUGCCGUUGUCGUGAAUGGAAUUAUGCUAAAAGGCACACCAUUCUCCGUCAUAAAUGCUCUAGCUGAGCUCGGCUAUCGAGUUAUUUGUAGUACCGGAGAAGCCGAGAUACUUUGGACAUUGCAGCGGGAAAAUUAACGCUAUAAAAAUGGGCCUUACUGCAAGCGUAUUAUACAUUUAAACGUAUUCUCUUGUGACAUAUAUUCUAUAUGUAUAUAUGUAUGUGUGUCUUUAUGAAUCAAAUUGUAGAAAUUGAUUGAGAAAUCGAUGAAAUUCGCAAUAUCUUUUUGCAAUAUUUUGUUGCACUUAUUUUUAUAUUUUAAAAUACAUGUGUUGGUCUAAAAUUACAUCUGCAACUGCGUCUUGGCGCAUUUUUACGAGUUAAGUGUAUAUAUGUGCGGACCAAAUAAAAAGGUUUUAUUUUUUCAAGAUAAUUGUAUUUUGCAAAAUUGGAUGGUGAAGUGCAGCUUACUAUUAGAAUAGUCGGAAAAUAAGAUAUUCUAUCUUUUCCUUAGGAAGCUUAAUUCUUGUACGAAAUGACAGGAAGAAUUCUUAUGUUUUCGGACGUGAUAUUUUGUGUACCGCGGAGCAAUGUUAAGUUUCUUUUACGACUUCGAAUAUGACGCGGUAAAAUUGUAUAAUCAUGAUAAGACUGCUGGGAAGGGAGGGGUGGGUGGGGGGGGAUUUGAUUACGUAAAUUGAACCAUGUUAACACUUCUGUAACGAGCAAAAUAAUUGCGUUGCGGAUAAUACCAGUGAACGUGAAAAUUUCAUCAAACCAAAGGAACGUGCGUUGAUUGCAUUAUAUCCGCUAUAUGCAAUAUGGAAGUAUUAAUUAUACAAUGAUUUGUGAUAUCUUUACCUCGUUGUGUGGAAAAUGGGUUUUUUAUUGCUUUAUUGAGGACUCGUAAGUCUCGUAAGAUCCAGAUUGGGCCAAAUUGGCACAUCGUCGUUCAGAUUGAGUUAAAUUGGUCCAUACUGGCUCUUAAAACUUUGUCUAUUUAUAUUUAUGAAGAAUUAAAUCUUAUUACACGUGCAAGUACCAUUUAUACUUAUAUCUAUAUAGUAUAGUAUUAUCGAUAAUAGCGCCUAUGUAAUGUGCUCUUUUUCAUGUGCUUUAAUAGAUGAUUUAUCGUACAAUUAAUGUUAUACGCGAAAUGGCUGAUAUCCCUCCGGAUCGACUGUGGUCCAGAGAGUUUAGGGAUAUAAGAGAAUCCCCUCAACAAACUGUUAUGAUGUUUAUGACGUUAUUUAUUUGUUUGUCAAACUUAUUGUAAACUUAUUGUGUCAAUCUAAAGAGUUAUUGCAAUUGGUGUUUCCUAUACUCAUUAAGAAUUAAUCUAUAAAUCGAGCAAAUUUAAAGAAAAGAGUUAUUAUUAUCUCAUAGUACAAGUAUAUAUUAAUACAUACAUAAGUAAGAAAAUCAAAAGUUAUAGUUGGUGAUGGGAACGAAAGAAUAUUUAGCGUUAUAAUUUCAUAGUCUGAGUAGUUAAUAUAAUUCACUAGCAGCGCUAAUUCUUGUUUGCGCUAAUAGAUAUCGGAACUUUGAAACUAUAUUUUGUAUGUACGACAAUUGUACACGAGUAUAUACUCGGCGUACAAUUGAACAUUGUACAUGAUGUACGUUUAUGUUACAAUAUAUAAGAAAUAAAUAUAUCGAUGAAGAAUCAA